GUGGUCGUCCCCGCCUCCUCCCCAGGGGCCGCGGCUGAGCCUCAGCGGCGGCGGCGCUCUGUGCCAGAGAAGAACGUCUUCCCCGGGUGCGGCGGCCCUCCACACGCAUCCGCCGCGCGUCCCCCUCGGCCUCCCGGCGACCCCCGGCCGCGACGCCCCCUCAGCUCUCUCGUUCGCUUUCCUUCCUUGCGGCCGGCUGCGCCAUGGCCUUGGCGUUGGCGGCGCUGGCGGCGGUGGAGCCGGCCUGCGGUAGCCGGUACCAGCAGUUGCAGAAUGAAGAGGAGCCUGGGCAACCUGAACAGGCUGCAGGUGAUGCUCCUCCACCGUACAGCAGCAUCUCUGCAGAGAGUGCAGCAUAUUUUGACUACAAAGAUGAAUCUGGGUUUCCAAAACCCCCAUCUUACAAUGUGGCUACAACACUGCCCAGUUAUGAUGAAGCUGAGAGAACCAAGGCCGAAGCCACCAUCCCUUUGGUUCCUGGACGAGAUGAGGAUUUUGUGGGUCGGGAUGAUUUUGAUGAUGCUGACCAGCUAAGGAUAGGAAACGAUGGGAUUUUUAUGUUAACUUUUUUCAUGGCAUUCCUCUUCAACUGGAUUGGGUUUUUCUUGUCUUUUUGCCUGACCACCUCAGCUGCAGGAAGGUAUGGGGCCAUCUCAGGAUUUGGUCUCUCUCUAAUUAAGUGGAUCCUGAUUGUCAGGUUUUCCACUUAUUUCCCUGGAUACUUUGAUGGUCAGUACUGGCUCUGGUGGGUGUUCUUGGUUUUGGGCUUUCUCCUGUUUCUCAGAGGAUUUAUCAAUUAUGCAAAAGUUCGGAAGAUGCCAGAAACUUUCUCAAAUCUCCCCAGGACCAGAGUUCUCUUUAUUUAUUAAAGAUGUUUUCUGGCAAAGGCCUUCCUGCAUUUAUGAAUUCCCCCUCAAGAAGCAAGAGAACACCUGCAGGAAGUGAAUCAAGAUGCAGAACACAGAGGAGUAAUCACCUGCUUUAAAAAAUAAAGUACUGUUAAAAAAGAUCAUUUCUCUAUUUGUUCCUAGGUGUAAAAUUUUAAUAGUUAAUGCAAAAUUCUGUAAUCAUCGAAUCAUUAGUGGUUAAUGUUUGAAAAAGCUCUUGCAAUCAAGUCUGUGAUGUAUUAAUAAUAAUGCCUUAUAUAUAUUGUUUGUAGUCAUUUCAAAUAGCAUGAGCCAUGUCCCUGUAGUCAGUAGGGGGCAAUCUUGCUUUAUUCAUCCUCCAUCUCAGAGCAAAUUUGGAAUUACAGACUUUAGUGUAAAAUAUGUAUAAGGCUGGCUGUUCGAAAAGGGGUUUUCUCAAAAGUUAUAACUUGGUUAUGACUGCAUUUCUGCACAUAAUCCAUAUUUACUGUUAAAAUUAACCUAGAAACAUGUUCAGUUGUACUGUGUGUGAACACCUGGAAGCAAAACCAUAGUGCAGAUACAUUUAAGGUGUGAUCAAAAAAUGUUCUCAUUUGGUAAAUAAGCAUUAAUUUUUUGUAGUCUAUAUUCAGAAAUUACCUUUUUUGUUCUGUGGUGUGUACUGAGAAAAUCUAAAAGUGUCAUGCAUAAAAUAUAAAGGGCAAAGACGGAUGCAGAAUAAUUACAAAAAUGUCAUUCUGGAAACUAGCUGCUUAUAGAAUCCCAGAAGGUCAGAUACUAGGAAGCAGAGAAUUAGCUUCGAACUUUUGAGAGGAUCCCUAACAUACUGUACUACUUGCUUUUACAAUGUGUUAGCAGAAACCUAUGCGUUACAAUUGUAGGGUGAUGUGCUUGCUGCCCAAGUGGUAAUUCACUUUGGUUGCUUUAUUAAAACUGUAAAUACAAUAGAACAUUAAUAAAUGUCUCUUGUGUAGCACCUCUUA